AUGACAGACUCCAACCCCUUCAUUUUCUACGACAUCUCCUCACCCAUAGAACCCCGCUCUUAUGCGCCCAAUCCUUCCAAGGCGCGUCUCGCGCUCAGCUUCAAAUGCGUACCCUUCAAAACGAACUGGGUCGACAUGCUCGAUAUCUCUAACGUGCGCAAAGGGCUCGGCUGCCCGGCCACCCGUAGAUUCGACGAUGGUUCCGAAUUCUACACGCUGCCCAUACUGCGGGACCCCAUCUCGGGCAAGGUCAUUGGCGACUCGUACGACAUCGCCAACUAUCUCGAGGACAUGUUCCCAAACUCAGGCGGCUGCCUUUUCCCUUCGAACUCCACCCGCACUGGACUCGAAUAUGAGAGCCCGAACAAGGACACCCCAUUCUUCGCGCCCCUAACUUCCAACCAAGGGUCCAAAAACGAGGCCUACGCAAGUUUCAACAUGCACGUCGACGCCACCUUCUCCGCCCAUGUGGUACUCGUCGGCCAGUACCUCCCCUUCAACCCGAACACAGCCGAGGCCGUGAGGGCUCUCUUUGUUAAGCGCGCCCACCUGAGCUCCUGGGAUGACUUUUCCAUCCAGGGCAAGGCAAGAGAGCAGCUCAAGGCAGCGUUCAAGGUGGCGUUAACGUCGCUGGCUCAGUUGUUUAUGGUUCAUGAAACCGGACCGUACCUUGAAGGGAAACAAGCUAACUAUGCUGAUCUGAUCGUGGGUGGGUGGCUAAACAUGCUCUCCGCCACCAUGCCCGAGGAGGAAUGGAAGGAUUUCAGGACGUGGCACAGUGGGGUCUUCGCUCGACUACAUGAUACCUUGCAGGAGAAUUACUUCGAGUGUAAAUAG